UUUGGAUUGAUUGUUAGCAACUCUGACUGUCCUGAACAAGCUCGUGGUAUCAUUUCCGGGAUGCUACAGCAAGGAUAUGCGUUUGGCUACUUGCUUGCCACUGUCUUUGCCCGCGCCUUCGUAGAUACCGUCGGUCACGAAUGGAGACCACUAUUCUGGUUUGGUGCCGGCCCGCCAGUCCUAAUCAUCAUCUUCCGACUCUGUCUCCCCGAGACACAAGCAUACCUCGAGCGCAAGCGAAUCCGCGAGGAACAACCCAACGCCGCCAAAGUGUUCGCCCAGGAAGGCAAGGUCGCACUAAAGCGCCAUUGGCUUCUACUUGUUUAUCUUGUGUUGCUGAUGGCGGGUUUCAACUUCAUGUCUCAUGGAAGUCAGGACCUUUACCCGACAAUGCUGAGCAACCAAUACAACUUCUCAGCCAAUAGGGUUACCGUCACACAAGUAGUCGCCAACCUUGGCGCUAUGACUGGUGGCACCGUCAUCGGAUAUAGUUCGUCUAUCUUCGGUCGUCGCAUCAGCAUAAUUGUCAUGUGUGUUAUUGGCGGCGCUCUGCUCUACCCCUACACAUUCACCUCUAGCAACGCUGUCAUUGCAGCAGCCUUCUUCCAACAGUUCUGUGUCCAGGGCGCUUGGGGUGUCAUUCCCAUCCACCUAAUGGAGCUGUCCCCAGGAUCAUUUCGAACGUUCGUUGUCGGUACAUCAUAUCAACUUGGUAACCUUGCGUCCUCUGCUUCAUCGACCAUCGAAGCGACGAUUGGUGAAAGAUUUCCACUUCCGCCCAAGGGCCAUACGAGCCGCUACAAGUAUGGUCUGGUGAUCUGCAUCUUCAUGGGCUGUGUGUAUGCGUACGUCAUCUUGCUCACGGCAUUGGGUCCGGAAUACAGAGGAAGGAACUUUGACGUGGCCGCUGAUGAAGAUAUGGCGGUUGUGACGGGGGCAGACGAGGGCAAGUAUGUUGCGAGACAGGACAGCGACGUGGAGACCAGAGGACAUGUGUAG